AUGUCAUUCCCUCCUUUCGUAUUCGUCUUCUUCCUUUCCUUCCUCCCUCGUUCCACUCCUUCCCCUUACCUUUCCCCCACAAUCCUCCCUCAAAAUUACCAACAAAUGAUCAAAAACUUCAAAAUUUACACUUACGCCCCUCCCGAAACGCUAUCGUUUGACUCCAAAGUCGAAUCCCUCUUCCACUCUUCCCUCCUCCGCAGCAACUUCAUCACUCAAAACCCCGAAGAAGCCCAUCUGUUCUUCGUCCCCUACGCUUUCCGUUCCGACCUCUCCACACGCUCCGCCGCGUAUGUCGUUGGGGAUUACCGUACAGAGUUCGUUUACUGGAACCGUACUCUCGGAGCGGAUCAUUUCUUCCUUUCUUGCUCCGGCGUCGGCCACGGUUCGGACCGGAAUGUUGUGGAGUUGAAGAAGAACUCGGUUCAGAUCUCGUGUUUUCCGACGACGCCCGGGUUGUUUAUUCCUCACAAGGAUAUUAGUUUGCCCCCGCUUGCUAACGUUCAUGCGCCGGCUCACGCUCAGGGUACUAAGAGCUCGGGCCAUUUAGGUUACGUGAGAUAUAAUUGGGUUAAGGAAUCGAGUUUGGUGGAACAGCUUUUAGCUGAUCCCGAGAUUUUGGUUGAUUCUGAACCGUCCGAUCAGUUAACUUACGAGGAAAGACUCGCCGGAAGUAAGUUCUGUCUGUUCGAGUACGGACCGGAGAUAUCGGCGAUCGGAGAAGCGAUGAGUUUCGGGUGCGUGCCCGUGUUGAUAACCGACCGUCCGAUCCAGGACAUGCCGUUGAUGGACCUGCUUACGUGGCAGCAAAUCGCAGUGUUCGUGGGAACAAGCGGUGGGGCCAAGGAGAUCAAGAGGGUUUUGGGGCGCGUGGCGGCGGAAGGGUACGAGGAUAUGAGAGAAUCAGCUGCGAUUGCAAACAGACAUUUAGUGUGGAACGAGCCGCCGCAACCGUACGAUGCGUUUCAUAUGGUGAUGUAUCAGCUGUGGCUGAGGAGGCAUACCAUCAGGUAUGCAGAGAGAGUGUGGGCUUAAAAGAAAUUAAGGAUUUAAAGAGUUGU